UAAAGUAGGGUGAGAUGGCCAGGCGGGAGAGAUGACCAAUGGCCUAAAACUCAAUGAAGCGACGUUCGGUGGCGCUGCUUAUCCUAUUGGACAAUUAACGGCAACAAACGUACAUCGUCAGUUUGUUUUCAUUCACUUCGAGGAGAUAUUAGAGCGCAAAAAAAUCGAAAACCAUACGGCGCCUUCAUAAAAUUUUAUAGGUGUUUCAAAUAAUAUUCAACUACGAAUUUUUAGUUGCUAUUUUACUGCUGUUUUCAUCAGACCAGAUUGCUGUAAAAAAUGCCGACAGAGUAUAGAAGAAAACUCUCAAAUCGAGGUAAAUAUACUGAAGAUAAUUUGAAGCUUGCCAUUGAAGCUGUCAGAAAUGGUUCUUCUGUGAACGGCGCCUCAAAAAUGUAUGGUAUUCCUAGAAAAACCCUUGAGAGGAAAAUAAAAAAUAACAUUUCCACGACUGGAAGACUGGGUCCUGAUAGUAUGUUAGGAGAAGCGAAUGAAAUAAAAUUGGUACAACAUAUUAAAAAGGCACAAAAAUACGGAUUUCCUAUGACGUCACAAGAUGUUCGUAAGCUCGCCUAUAAUUUCGCUGAAGGUCUGCUGAUAAACCACAAGUUCAGUAAAGAAAAAGAAAUUGCAGGUUCCGACUGGCUCAGGUCCUUCAUGAGGAGACAUCCUGACUUGUCCACUCGCAAAGCUGAGGGUUUAUCUCUAGGACGAGGUGUGGAAAUGAACCGUGUGGAUGUGAGAAGUUAUUUUGAACUUUUGCAUGAAGUAUUGAAACAAAAUGAUCUUUUCGAUAAACCUGGGUGCCUCUUCAAUGUUGAUGAAACAGGCCUUCAAUUGAAUAAUCGUCCAGGCCACGUUUUAGCUGAAAAAGGAGCCAGAAAUGUGGUUACAGUGACGUCAGGGGAGAAAGGUGAAACAAUCUCGUGCAUAGCUUGUUGUAAUGCAGAAGGUUUCUUUCUACCUCCAGUUUGCAUAUUCAAAGGCAAGAAUUCGAAAAAAGAAUGGACUGAUUCAAUGCCUCCUGGUUCACAUAUUGUGAUGUCUCAAAAAUCAGCCUAUGUUACCGCUAAUAUUUUUUUGAAUUGGUUCAAAAAUCACUUUUUACCACGAAAGGGCGAAGGGAAAGCGUUAUUGAUUCUUGACGGGCACUCUUCUCAUUGUUCUUGUGUUGAACUUCUGGAAACCGCCGAAGCAAACGAUGUCAUUCUGUUGUGCCUACCGCCUCAUAGCACGCAUUAUUUGCAACCACUUGAUAGGGCUUUUUUCAAAUCUCUUAAGACCUUUUAUUAUCAAGCUUGUAAAGAAUGGAUGCAGAACCACCCCGGAAGAAAACUAGGACGCCUGAAAUAA